GUUCAAAAUCAGGGUCCCCACUGUAUCUCCGGUGCCUGGUCCAGCACCCCGUGCCCGUUCAUUUGUUGCCUGACAGACAGACGGAGGCCGUGUGGCUGACCAUCCCGUGCACGCAGGCUGAGGAUGCAGCGCUGGAAGGCAGUGGCCUUGGCCUCGGUGCUCUGCAGCUCCGUGCUCUCCAUCUGGAUGUGUUGGGAAGGCCUGCUCCUCAGCCACCGCCUCGGACCCGCGCUUGCCCCGCUGCGCCGGCCGCCUCGCACCCUGGACGCUCGAAUCGCCCGCCUGGCCCAGUACCGUGCACUGCUGCAGGGCGCCCCGGACGCGGUGGAGCUUCGCGAACUGACGCCCUGGGCCGGGAGGUCCCCGGGUCCGCGCCGUCGGGCGGGGCCCCGGCGGCGGCGCGCGCGUGCGCGGCCGGGUAUCCGGCCGUGCGGGCUGCGCGAGCUCGAGGUGCGCGUGAGCGAGCUGGGCCUGGGCUACGCGUCGGACGAGACGGUGCUGUUCCGCUACUGCGCAGGCGCGUGCGAGGCGGCCGCGCGCGUCUACGACCUGGGCCUGCGGCGCCUGCGCCAGCGGCGGCGAGUGCGGCGAGAGCGGGUGCGAGCGCAGCCCUGCUGCCGCCCGACGGCCUACGAGGACGAGGUGUCCUUCCUGGACACGCACAGUCGUUACCACACGGUCCACGAGCUGUCGGCGCGCGAGUGCGCCUGCGUGUGACCCUACCUCACCGGGCCUGGCGAGACGGCGGCCACGCCCCCCGCCCCGACGGCACCCACCGUCGCGCCUGGCAAGCCCCGCGACAGACUGCCCAUGCACAGAAAAUGCCGUCGAGAGCCCAGGACUCUCGCGAUAACUGUACCAAGAUAAAGUGUGGAAAAU